AAAGGAGAAAGAAGCGUGGUGGAAGAAGCCCACAAUCGGCGGCCGGCGCGUCCACUCGAUACCAGAGAGUCGUCGACCGUCCGCAAAUCCCUCGAAUGUAUGUGAAUGCGAGCUCGAAGGCAGAGCUCCCCACUUUUUCUUUUUCUCUGAAACCGCUUCGCUAAGCGGUGGGACGGAAAGAGAAACCCAGAAACGGCUGAUUCGCUGCGCCCCCAAACGGCCGGAAUAAAAGCCUUUCCUUUUGUCAUUACGUUGAGCGGAAAUCGGUAACUGCGGAAAAGCAGAAGAAACCUUGAUUUCCCGGCGGAAGUGGUGGCGGUAUUGCGAUGGCCGGGCCGGCGACGAAGGGCAGCAAGAUCGUGGUGGCGGUGAACGACAGCGACGAGAGCAUGCACUCGUUGUCGUGGUGCCUCCAGAACUUCGUCCCCUGCAGGAAGGCGAGGAACUCGGACAUCACGCUCGUCCUCCUCUACGUGAAGCCCGCGCCACCUCCCCCUGACCACACAGGCUUGUUUUGGUCGAAAAUUGGAGCUAUGCUUGAAGAGUACGGGAAAGAAACCGCCCUGACAGUCAUGGAGAAGGCGAAGGAGAUGUGUAAGAGCUGUGCAGAUCUUGACAAUGUCAAAAUCGAAAGCAUAGUGGCGAGUGGAGAUGCAAGGGACGUGAUUUGUGAAACGGUGGACAAACUUGCUGCUGACAUCUUGAUCAUGGGCGGCCAUCCACUUUCUGCCACCAAGAGCAAUUCGGAGAGCGUAAGUGAGCAUUGUGCCCAGAAGGUGAAAUGUCCAGUUCUCAUCGUGAAGCAACCGGGCCACGGCCACGGCCACGGGCAUUGUAGAAAUCAUCCGACGCACCGGAGUUGAACCCCACUUGCCAACCUGUCGAACUUACGGCUAAGCUUUUGUGGUCUACUCGCUUAUGGCAACAUUAAUAUUACUCAAAUUUUUAAGUUUCCCUUUUCUUUUUUCCUUCUUGUAUUGUAUUUGCUGGCUGGGGGACGGGGGAUUUGACCCCUCUGUGAUUAGAAACCAAAACGGUAAGGCAUCUUGCCACUGUUUCUUAACCUCUGAUUCGAUUCUUGCGGAGAAUCUCUUUUUGUCCAUAAAAGAAUCAAACCAGAAACUGGAAUUUGGAUGCAUUUUAUAUGCCACAUUUUUGUACAAAAAAAAAAAAACCAUAAAGUGUGUAGAAAUGAAUGUGCAAGUGUUCCCUAUACA